AUGUCACCGGAGACGGGCGAGAGCGAAAUGUUGCGUGUCACGUACUUUUUGCGGCGCGCUGGGUCGAUCUCGUCUUUUACGUCGCUUGUACCGCAGCUGUACAGGAUCGACAACAUGGUGUCCACGCGGUGGCUAAUCACCGAGGGGUCAGCUCGAAAUAGAUCGGGCCGCUCGCUGUCUUCAUGGUAA